AUGAGCUCGCACUGGUGUGGCGCCAAGAGCGGCUGCAAGCGCGGGCAGUAUCUCUGCCCCAGCGACUCGCGGACAUGCGUCGACUCGGCGGCGGACUACGCAAAGUGCCCGGGCAUCAAGGGCACUCACCUCGACUGGACGCUCGGCACGGAGGCGCGGCUCGACUUCCUCGUGGCGCACACCAGCCUCAGCGCGCAAAUCGGCCAGCUGCAUAACACGGCGCCGGAGCUGCUCGAGCUCGGCGUCCCCGAGUACCAGUGGCUGAACGACGACCAGCACGGCGUCGCUCGCACACCUGCGCGCGCGACCGUCUUCCCGAAUGGCGUCGGCCUCGGCGCGACUUUCUCGCACGCCACUCUGCGGGCCGUCGGCGCCGUCGUGGGUCGCGAGGCGCGCGGGCUGCACAACGGCUUCCUCGCGUCAGACCCGCGCAGGCGCCAGAUGACGUGCAACGGCUGCGGCCUGACCCUGUACGCGCCCAACCUGAACCUGGUGCGCGACCCGCGCUGGGGCCGUGCGCAGGAGGUGUACGGCGAGGACCCGACCCACAUGGGCGAGCUCGUCGUCGAGUUUGUGCGGGGCGCGCAGAACAACACCGCUGGACGCACGGACGCGGACGGCUACCUGCAGGCCGGCACCUGCUGCAAGCACGUCGCGGUGUACAACACCGAGGGCGUGCCCACCUGCGGCAGCCGCGGCUUGCUGACGGCGGUGCUGCGAGAGACGUGGAGGUGGGACGGCUUCGUCGUCAGCGACUACGAUGCCUGGGCCAACAUCGCGUUGGCGCACCACUACAACGCCACGCUGCGGGCGGGCGCCGCGCAGGGCCUCAACGCCGGCAUCGACCAGGAGGGCGGCUCCGCGCUGGCCAUUUCGACGCUGCCCGCCGCCAUUCGGGACGGCCUGACCACACCCGCCGCCGUGGCGCGCGCGUUCCGCAACCUCUUCCGGCUGCGCAUACGGCGGGGCGCAGCCCGACCUUCCCGCCCGCCGCGAGCGCACCCGAGCGCACCCGAGGUUGGCCCGAGGCGCCACCUCGCCGUGGCGCGCGAGGCGGCCCUCGAGCUCAUGACCCUGCUGGAGAACAAGGGCCGCGCCCUCCCGCGCUCGACCGCCCAGGGCGGCGCCUUCUCGCUGACCGCCCUCUCCGCGCGUUUCGGCAACUGGGGCCUCUCCCUCGAGGCGGCGCUGCGAGAGCGGCUCGGCGGCGGCACAGUCACCGCAGCGCGCGGUCUCGACGCCAUCGGCGCGCCAGAGUCGAGGGACGGCUUCAGGGCCGCUGCCGCCGCCGCCGCUUCCGCGGACGCCACGGUGGUCGUGCUCGGGCUCGCCUUCGACCAGUACUGCCACGGCGACGACGACGGGCUCGGGGACCACUGCGAGCGCGAGGGCUUCCCCGCAGGCAACGACCGGCGCAUCAUCGAGCUGCCUCUCGGCCAGCAGAGGAUGGUCGCCGCUUUGCGUGCCGCAACGGCUGGUCCGCUCGUCUGCCUGCUCGUGCACGGCGGCGCCAUCGCGAUUGACAACGCCACCCGCGCCGCUUGCGACGCUGUGCUGGACGCGUGGUAUCCGGGGAUUGAGGGUGGCGCGGCCGUGGCUGCAACUCUAUUCGGCGACGCGGGCCGCACGCCCGUCACCUUCUACCGGGCGACAGCUGAUUUGCCGCCGCUCGCCGACACGGGCAUGUACCCCAACGCCAGCAGCGGCUCGCGCGGCGCCACGUACCGCUUCUUCGAGGGCGCGCCGCUCUACCCGUUUGGGCACGGGCUCAGCUACACCACCUUUGCAUACUCCAGCCUGUCGCUCGACGCCGCCUCGCAUUCCGCUUGCGAUGCGGUGGGCGUGACGGUGACGGUGACCAACACGGGCUCCGUGGCCUCGGACGAGGUCGUGCAGGUGUACCUCAAGCAGCCCGACGCCACCGUCCCGGCGCCGCGCGUGCGGCUGGGCGCGUUUGAGCGGAUCAAGCGCCUGGCGCCAGGCGCCUCGAUCGCGGUGAAGCUGAGCGUGCCGCCCGAGGCGCGCGCCGUGGUGCACGGCGGCGAGGCCACGGGCGAGGCCGUCUUCGCCGCCUCGGCUGGCGUGACGCUGGAGAAGGGGCGGCUCGAGAUCUUUGUCGGCGGCGGCCAGCCGGACUUUUUCAAGGGCCGCUUGGCCGCCACCACGAGCAUCGUCGACACGAAGAGGGCGAGCGCAUGCGCUGCUCAGCAGGACACGUGA